UAUUUUGGAAAAACAAUGGAUGUUGAUUCAUGGACCUGUUUCUCAAGUCUGUUAUUUCUUUGGAUAAUGAGUAUCUCAUUUACUAAUUGCUAUGAGCAGCUUAUAAAUACCAGGACAACAAAAGUGACAAGCAGUUCAAUACAUCCAUUCGGAAGAGGAAGAGGGUCCGCGGACUUUACAAUUGACGGGAAUUUUAAUCAACAUUACACGAACUGCAUGCACACAGCCAUAGGAUGGUCGGAGGCUUGGUUGACCAUAGACCUAGGGGUCAUCUACAACGUAAAAAGUGUUAAAAUAUGGUACAGAGAUGAUAGCGGAUCAGCUCGUGCCUUCAGACUUACAGGAUUUUCCAUACUUGCCUCUCAAACCCCAGGAUUUGAGGACAACAACAUAUGCUAUCAGGAUCCAGGUCAUGUUUUACCUGAAACAGUACUUGAGGUGAAUUGUGUUCGGACUGCUCGAUAUAUAAAGAUAUAUACUAACAAGAAAAAUGAUCAGUAUGGUGCCAUUCUGGAAAUCUGCGAAAUAAGAAUUUUUGGUUGUCCACGUCGGAAAUACGGAGAACAGUGUGAGUCAUGCGGAAAUUGUAAACGGGAUUGCCACGCAACGGGACAAUGUGAUUCAUUUGGUUGUAUACAUGAUGGAUACCAUCCACCAUACUGUAAAGCAUGUGAAGCUGGGAGCUUUGGUAAAAACUGUCUCUCAGAAUGUGGACAUUGUGCCAAUAAUGCAACAUGUAACUCCGUGAAAGGUUCCUGUCCAGAUGGAAACUGUGCACCAGGGUGGAUACACAAUAUAAACAGGAAAUGUAAUCAAGCUUGUAAGGAUGGCUGGUACGGCAGAGAAUGUAAAGAACAAUGUGGAUACUGUAGAGGAAACAGACCAUCCCAUCACGUGACCGGAUCCUGUUUAGCGCUAUGUGAACCUGGGUAUCACGGGGAUAAAUGUGAAGAAAGCGAAUUCUCUCAACUGCUUGCAAUACAGAGGAAAAUUCUGAACUCCAGAAGAGAACUGCUUCCUUUUAAAAGACGACGAAUUGAACUGAGAGCAAAUGGCACAUCUCCUACUGACUUCAUAUAAGA